AUGCUUCCUAGUGAUUCUCGAGUGGUGAGAGCCAUGCCAAAUACAGCAGCACUGAUUAGAAAUGCAGCAUCUGUUUUCGUUACUGGUAAGAAUGCCACAGAGGCAGAUGUUGAAAUAACAAAAAAUCUGUUGGAUUCUGUUGGAACCUGUGAAGAAGUACCCGAAGGACUCUUGGAUCCUGUGACUGCUUUAAGCGGAUCAGGUCCUGCUUAUGUUUUCAUACUCAUAGAAGCCUUGGCUGAUGGUGGAGUCAAGAUGGGUUUGCCAAGAGAUCUAGCGUACAGACUGGCUUCCCAAACAGUUCUUGGAGCUGGUCAGAUGGUUCGAGACUCUGGAAUGCACCCAGCAGUACUCAAAGAUAAUGUCACCUCUCCCUCUGGAACGACAGCUGCAGGGUUACAUUUCUUGGAAAAAUCUGGUUUUCGAGCUGCUCUAAUAGGGGCAGUAGAAGCAGCGACUGUGAAAAGUCUUGAAGUAUCCCAAGAAACAGAAACAUUGAUUGAAAAAAGUUUUCGAUGAGUUCUCAGCAACUUGGCAAGUGAACAAGAUACUGUGAUCCAUAGUACUGUAUUAGAAGUAUCUAGAAAUUAUAAAAUGCGUAGGUGGUACCAGGAUACCUAUAUGAGAUGUAUUUAUUCAAGGUGAAAUAAAAAUUAAUGACAACCCAA